AUGAAGGAUGAGUCCAUCAGAGAUGGAACGGAUCUCUGUGUGUGGGAGGAGAAUGAAGACAUCCGAUGUAUCAAGGGAUUGAAGUUUGUGCCGUUCGAUUUUUACCUUACACCGAUCAACAGGAUGAAACCACCGAGUCACAUUGAGACCUUCGGUGUGAUGGACGUGGCCACUGGAGCCUUCCUCGCUGAAGCGAACUCUGAUCGAUACGAUUUUCUCUUCAACUACCCCGGUGGCAAAGUCAUGUUUCUGAUUAUCGAUCGUGGUAGCUGGAAAGCGGUUGUGAUCGGUUAUGACCAGGAGUGUGGCUAUGAAACGGUAGAUUUCCCGAGUCGGUACGUAUGGGAGGUUGGGUAUGGUACUCCGGCCCAUGAGGCUGACUCCCAGUAA